GCGAUGAACGGGCUCGAGACCGCCGCCGGGGCGAUCUUCGUCGAGUUAAUUCGACAGCAGGCAGAACGUCCGGUGUCCCCGGCCGACUCUACAAUAUCCUCUUGGAUGCCAGGGCAGGACAUGGGCCGCCAGCGUCAGCGCCAUCCGGCCGCAAUGAGGGUGGACCCCCCGAUGGCGCAGUACGAGCCCUUCCGGCGGACGUACGUGAGCGACCCUUCGUGCGUCCCACAGCUGCGAUUCGCCAACGUCCCCGACGCCGGCGCUGACCACGACAAGCGGGAGGCAAGCCGCCACUGGCGCCGUUCCGGUAGGACGUGGUCCAGGGUCCCUCGAUUUCGCAAAGGCGAAACGGCCUUCACGCACGACCCGACCUACAAGCCGCCGCACGCUGUCGUGGACAAGUGGUACAUGACCGAAGCCGGACCCAAGGUCUCGCUGGCGGGUCGCGUGGAGGAGUCGAGGUGGCAGUCGUGCCACUCGAUGCAAUCCGGCAGAGAACCGCGGAAGCCGACGAGGUCCCGGUUGCCUCAGGACCAGCAGGUGAAGCCGAGGCCGCCGGGGCCAGCGUCCUACCACAUGCGCGAUCCCUGGGAAGUGCGGGAAGUGUGUGGAGCCGUCCCGAAUUCAAGAGUGUUCUGCAAACCGGUCCGUCGGGUCCUACCGCAGACCUCGGCCUUCACCGUUGCGCCCAGCGGCAGCUGCGACAUGUCGGUGGACACUUCGGCCGCUCCACCCCCGCCCGCCGCCGCCGCCCCCGCCGCCGCCGCCCCCGCCGCCGCCGCCGCCGGCGAUGACGAAAACUCCGCCUUCAGAUUAGACGAACCCCAGGCCCGGCCAGCGACGGCAGGGGUCGCCGCCACGGUCUCAAGCGCAACAGCUUCAACGGGGUCGGCACGUGAUCUACCGUUGCACUCUCGAAGAGUCUCGCGAACACAAAAACGCAGCGCUAGGUUCGGAGGCGGGGUUGGACGCCCAGGCACCAAGACCUCCCCCGGCCGACAUCAAUCCGGUAUUAACCUACUACCGCACGCCGCCGCCGCCGUGCGGGCGGCUCGAGCGAGGCCGACGGCGGCGGUCGGCCCGUCGUCCUUCGCGCGAGCGGAGAGGCCCCACAUUGCCGACGAGGGCAGGCGAAAGGAGGAGAGCUACGGGAAGAAGGUCGUCCGCCUGCUGACGGGUGACGGGGAUGUCCUGGUGACCGUAACCCGGCGGCGCGCGAGCGCGUGGGGAGACGUGGACCCCCCUCCCGACAGUGCCGCGGGGUCGUCGAAGAGCGGGGCCGUAGUAGCGGGGCCUAGAGCGGCCAUCACAAUCGACCGCGAGCGGCAAGCCGGGGGGGACGAGAACGGGCGGCGGCGGGCGGCGGCGGCGGCGGCGGCGGGGGCGGCGGGGUGGGGGCGUAACGCUUCCGGAGGCCGGAAAACGUCAGGCGGUGGGAGCGGUUGGGAUGCGCUCCCCAACACGAACGCGAUACGAAAACGACAGCCUACAGCACAUGGGGUCCACCCGCCCGCAACGAGAGAGAGCUCCCUGGAGUCGCGGGCCAGAGGGCUUCUCCCAGACGACGUUAUGGCGUCGCCUCCGGUUUACCGGGAGCCCGGCAAGUCCGAGCUACCGGUGAUAUUCCGAGCGACCUCGGCGCCCAUCGUCAGAGCCGUCCCGAGCUUGAGACCAGCGGAGCGCCUGAGGUGGGGCAGAGCGGCGGCCCCCGCCAACCAACGGGGUGCAAUUUCGAGCCCGGACGGCAACGAGAGCCGCAACGCGGUAUCCCUGGAAGAGGGCGGGUGGCGCCAGGAGCUGGGCGAGGAAGGAGCAGCGCACAUGGCCCGAGCGGUCCGCUCUGCGGGAAACAUCGUGGCCAAGUCUAGCGGUCGGAGUUUUAGUGGCGGCGGUGGUGGUGGUGACGUUGAGCCUUCGAAGAGUGGCGUAAGGACUAGGAUCCCAGCUCCCUCCGGCCAAGACUCGGGGCAGAAUCUUGCCGGCGGGGAUGAUAGCGCGGAGAUGCCGCAAACAGGACUGAAUGACGGCUCUUGCGACUUCGUGAGCUCGACGAUAUGGUCGGGCGGGGAAACCGCAGAAGUGUCUGCUCCUGUGGAAGCGAGAUAG